CAUGUAGUGACAGCCAUGUCUCUGGAGAUGGAAAAGACCAUCACCAAGCUGAUGUACGACUUACAGAGGAACUCCACCUCUGAUGAUGACUCUGGAUGUGCACUGGAGGAAUACGUCUGGGUCCCCCCCGGCCUCAGUCCUGAGCAGGUGCAUCAGUAUUAUAACUCCUUACCAGAAGAGAAGGUCCCUUAUAUAAACAGCCCUGGAGAGAAAUAUCGCAUCAAACAACUGCUUCACCAGUUGCCACCACAUGACAAUGAGGUGCGUUACUGUAACGCUUUGGAUGAGGAGGAGAAACGAGAGCUUAAGCUCUUCAGCAAUCAGCGGAAGAAGGACAACUUGGGAAGAGGCAACGUCCGUCCUUUCCCCCUCACCAUCAAUGGGGCCAUUUGUGACAAGUGUGGUGGUCAGAUAAACGGUGGGGACAUCGUGGUGUUUGCUGCGAGGGCAGGUCACGGAAAAUGCUGGCACCCUUAUUGCUUUGUCUGCGGCAUGUGUGAGGAACUAUUGGUGGAUCUUAUCUACUUCUACCAGGAUGGCAAGAUCUACUGUGGCCGGCACCAUGCUGAGAGGCUGAAACCCCGCUGCUGUGCCUGUGAUGAGAUAAUCUUUGCUGAUGAAUGCACUGAGGCAGAGGGCAGGCACUGGCACAUGAAGCACUUCUGUUGCUACGAGUGCGAGACCACUCUCGGCGGCCAGCGCUACAUCAUGAAGGACGGACGGCCACACUGCUGCAACUGCUUCGAGUCCCUUUACGCAGAGUACUGUGACGCAUGUGGAGAACACAUAGGUAUCGACCAGGGUCAGAUGACGUAUGAUGGGCAGCACUGGCACGCAACUGAGGAAUGUUUUUGCUGUGCCCGCUGCAAGCGUUCUCUGCUGGGCCGCCCAUUCCUGCCAAAGCAGGGGCAGAUCUUCUGCUCACGGUCCUGCAGCGCUGGGCAGGAUCCUGAUGAGUCAGACUCCUCAGACUCUGCCUUCCAAAGCGCCCGUUCCCGUGAAUCCCGCCACAGCACCAAGAUUGGAAAAAAGGAGCGCAGGAAUGCUGAGCAGGAGCGGCGGAGUGCUGAGGCCCGCCAGUCAGCUCCCCCGCCGAUGCCCGAUCGUCUGUCUGCUGAAAGUGAUCCCCUUUCUGUUCAGAUGGACCGCUUAAGCCUCUCAUCAAGUCAGACCCCGAGCAGGACACCUAACCGCACACCCAGCCGCACUCCGAGCCGUGCCCCAAGCCUUAACCAGGUGUGGAUGAGCCGGGAUGACCCCUACGUCCCUGCUGCCUAUGAGGGCCCCCAGCGGGAACCCUCCCCAACACCAACACCUAUACAUCUGCUGGGUCAGUGUAAUCUCAGGCAGGGCUACAAUCCCAACGUAAAUGCUCAUCCUCCAGCUCAGAGUCCUGCUAACCCAGGGAAGAGGCCUGAUUCCUGGGGGAAGGAGCAAGGGAAUGCCAAGAGGACCCCUAUGGCUGCUCUGAGGGGCCACUCCUUCAAUGAAAACUGGACCCACCACGGCCAGGAUGAGUUCAGGCCCAACAAGCUACGCACCCAGAUGAGCUUCAAUGAGAUGUCUAGCCAGAACCAGGGCUUCUCUGACAAGAGGAGCAUCAGCUUGCAUGGAUUCCAGAGAGACGGCAGACCCCCCCUGACCAGGAGGAACCCCAUCAAUGCCAUGAGCUUCAAUGAGCCCCUCACUCCUCUAGAACAGACUCCUCGUGGAUCCAUGGACUCCCUUACUAUGUCCAAUGCCACAGGUAACUCUCUGGAUGGGGUCAGUAAGCGGCAGGAACAUUUGUCUAGGUUCUCCAUGCCCGACCUGAGUAAAGACUCGGGUGUGAAUGUGUCUGAAAAGAGCAACAUGGGCACCCUGAGCUCCUCAGUCCAGUUCCACAGCACAGAGUCACUGUCCUCCUCUCGUCCCUACAACAACAACAUGUACGCUCCUCUGAGAGUCGGCUACCCGCUGCAGUACUGGGAUGGCCCGCAGCCGCUGGGCUUCGACAGCAAAGGUCGUGUUGGUGUGAUGGGCAGCAGUGGUAACCUGCGGAUGGCUCCCAUGAGCGACAGAAUGCCCCGUCGACGCAUCAGUGGGCAGGAACCCUUGUCACAGCAACAGCAGCCACAACCAAGGCGCCGCAAACACCACCGUGGAAACCAUGGUAAUGGGCAGCACCGCAGUGGCCGCCACCACAAACGCUCUCGCCGCUCCCGCUCUGAUAAUGCCCUGCACCUGGUGGCAGACCGGCCUGCUCAGAUGGUAGAGCUGCCCUACCGUCGCGUCCAGGAGGACUACGAUCGCUUCCCUUCUGGUAGUGCUGCUCGGGAGUUGUUUGGUCUGGAGCCAGGCGGGUACAGGCAGCAGCCCCACCGGCCCUGCCCCCGCACCACCUCCGAUCUCACCCUGCAGAAUGCUGGCUGGCAGCCUGUAGGGCUGGGUGGGCCAUGCUGGGGAGAUGGCUACAUGGAGGCUGCUGACCCCUGGUGCUCCAGCUGCUCCUCUUCCUCUGAGUCUGAGGGAGAUGAAAGCUAUUUCCUGGGCGAGCCAAUCCCUCGGCCCGUGCAGCUUUGCUACAUCAACAACGAGGAGCUGCGCCAUCGCUACAGCCCCUCUGCGAUAGCUGGCCAUCACGGACCUCUGCAUGGACCGAUUCAUGGCCAGCUGCACACCCGGCAAAGGAGGAAGAGCAAAAACUGCAUAAUUUCCUAG